AUGGCCCGAGUAAUGGGAAAAGUAUGGGAGUCGUACUACCUGCGGCCUGCCGGAGACUUCACUUCCACACUCAUCCCAGUUUUCCUCUACGGGACGGCCUGGAAGAAGGACCGGACGGCCGACCUGGUCUACACCGCGGUCAACGCCGGUUUCCGGGCCAUCGACACGGCAGCACAGCCUCGACAUUACCAAGAGCAUCUGGUCGGCGAUGGAAUCCGUCGUGCGAUUGUGGAUAGGGUUGUUCGUCGAGAGGACCUCUACGUGCAAACCAAAUUUAGCCCUGUCUCGGCACAGGACCCCAGUAACAUGCCAUAUGAUGCGGAGGCCUCUGUGACAGAACAGGUACAUGCGUCGAUCCAAUCCUCGCUGCAUAACCUUCGUCCUUCCGAGGACCCGAGGACUGCCGAUGAUGCGUAUAUCGAUACGGUGGUAAUUCACUCCCCGCUGCGUACCAUUGACCAGACAUUAGAGGCCUGGCUGGCCCUGGAGACCUACGUGCCCCAUCGCAUCCGCAACCUGGGCAUCUCUAAUUGCUCUCUACCCGUGCUUCAUGAACUGUUCAUGGCCCCCGAGGUGAAGGUGAAACCCGCCGUGGUGCAAAACCGAUUCUACGAGGACACCCUCUUCGAUACAGAUCUACGGAUCUUUUGUCGCGAGAAUCAGGUCAUCUAUCAGAGCUUCUGGACGCUGACUGCCAACCCGGAUCUGGUGCGCUCUGACCCUGUCCAGCAACUUGCUACCCUGGUUCAGAUCAGUCCGGCAUCAGCGUUGUACACCCUUGUGAUGGGGCUGGGGGAUAUUGUUGUGCUGAAUGGGACAAAAAAUGAGGGUCGUAUGAAAGAAGACCUGGCAGCUCCACUUGCCGUGAAGGAGUUCACCAGAACGCAUCCAGCCCAAUGGCAGCAGCUCCUGACAGGGUUUCGAGGGAUGGUUGGAGAUCCCACCUCAUAG